UUUAUAACUGACAACUUUACAAGAAGCAUUGUUCCGUUAUAUAUCCGGUGCAACAAACACAAACAGAAUAUCAGUUAUUCAAAUUUAGAAACCAAAUCCAUGCCAGAAGAAUACAGACUUCAUCAUCAAAAAUCACGCACCCAUGACGAUUCAGUUUCCGGUAGUUCCAGACCGGAAUCGGCACCGGAGCGCGUGAAGUUUCUGUGCAGUCACGGCGGCAAGAUCCUCCCCCGCCCUGCCGACGGCCGCCUCAAGUACACCGGCGGUGAUACUCGCGUAAUCUCCGUUCACCGUCACAUUACGUUUCACGAUCUUAUGAAGAAAGUUACAAGCAUGUUCAAAGGUGAAAUGAUCCUCAAGUACCAGUUGAUGCCAGAGGAUUUUGAGACAUUAGUUACAGUGAAAUCCGACGAAGAUGUCCGCCACAUGAUUGACGAAUUCGCUCGGCAUGGACAUGUAGGAGGGCCGAGAUUACGUGCCUUCCUUUUCCCGGCGAACCCGAUUGUUACGGUUAACCAUUCGGGAUCAAUUGACCGCCAUUCGCUUGAACAAAGAUACAUCAAUUCCAUCAAUGGCAUUGUUGUUCAGCCACCACCCGUCAGACCACGCCCAGUUAAUACUAGCUACACGACGUUCAGUAAUUCCUCUGCGUGUUCCUCCCCAAGAUCACCACCGCCUGAAACCAUGACCACCACCGCCACCAACCCUGAAUCCACUACUUGUCAUGGUAGAUCUAGUUCGCUAACCAGAACCCGUAGUUCCCCUAGUUUAAACAAUCAAGUUGCAACCGUGAGUCCAAACUUGAGCCAAAACCGCCGCCACCACCACCGCCAACAGCCACCACAUCACUUCCAUCAUCAACCCUACCAUCCUCCCAAGCCACCGCUAGACCGCCACCCUCACAAGACUGGUGGUCCCGAGCAUCUUGGCAGGAUGAAGUCAACAGGUGUAGCGGAAUACUACAGGCAGCAACCGGAUCAUACAAAAUCUCACAGCCAUGGAACAAAUAGAGGGGGACAAAUGUACGAUCAAAGGGGUUCACCUUAUGAUGCUUAUUAUGAUGGGGAUUGUAGAUAUGACCGGACCGACAGUCCUCCAAGCCCUGAUGCUUCGUCUUCGAGCCAUAGCAUGCGAUCCGAACGAUGAUGAAUCAAGAAUGUAGAUAUGGUUUGAUGUGUAAGUUCAAAUCUGACUGUAGUUGUUAGUGUAAUAACCUGCAAAUGUAAAUAGAUGACUAUGAUGUAUGUUGUAAAGCUUGAUCUGAAGAUUAUAUGACAAGAUAAUGUGCCAUGUAACUAGUCGUUCUUACGUUGAUAUUCUAUUAGUCGGAGUGGUAAUUUCAAACAAGAAA